AACGCCCUGACGGGCCAGAACUGCGUCAUCGAGGUGUGCGGGGAGGAGCCGGUGGGAGUGGCGCUGCGGCGGGCGCGGGGCUGGAAGGAGCAGCUGGAGAAAUACACGGCGUGCUACGGCGGCGUCCCGCUGAACCCCCACCUCAGCCUGGAGCAGAACGGGAUCCCGGAGAGCACCUCCGAGCUGCGCAGCCUGCGCCUCGACCCCAAGGACUUCAUCCCCACCGUGCUUCUCUACUUCAACGAUGACGCUGGCAGCGCUACGGAAGCCCCACAGUGACAUCUUCCCCACCCUGAGCUGUGGAUGGUACUAUGGGGGCACUACACCCAUUUUGGAUUCCAGUUGUGUUUUUGCAGCACAAUAAAGCUGUUUUUUAAAA